AUGGCUGGAGAUAAGAGAUCAAUAAACCAUCGAUACAUCACAUUGUAUAUAGUCUUCACUUAUGUCUACUAUGCCAUGUCCAAUGCUUCAGAAGGUAAAGACCAACAUCCUGGAGUUGAUGGAGCUUCUGAUAAACCAAAUGUUUCAAAAACAAAAGACGAAAUACCCAACUUGAUCAAAAGAGAAGAAUGGGGUGCCAUGCGCCCGAGGCUGUAUCACAAGAUAGAAAAGCUGAUUCAUCCUGUACCGUACGUCCUGAUAUCGUACUUCAGACCUGAUAUCACUGAUGACAAGAUCGCUCUCCAGACAAUACAAUACAAACACAUGGAAGCUGGGCUGCCGGACAUUCAGAGCAACUUUUUAAUUGGUAAAGACGGAAAGAUCUAUGAAGGAAGAGGAUGGGAGUUCCAGCCGGCUGACUCCAUAGAACUUCCAACCUACAAUGGGAAAUUCCUAGAGAUCUCUUACGUUGGAGACUUCAAUCACGAGGACCUUAAACAUCCAAUUUUCCAAGCAACGUGGGCUGUGAUGGACUUUGAACACAAAUAA